ACUCGCCGUAGUAUCGUCAGAGAUAGAUAGGGAGAUCAAACACUCGGCCUCGAAACUCGCUGACACGGACCUAACAGCUCGUUCAACGACGUCCCUGGACUAUCGGACUCUCGCCUCGACAUCUCGGUCGCCUCACCAACACCUCUCGCCCUGUCUUCGAAUCGCUAAGCCGGACAACGACGAAGGUCAGGUCUGUUGAGUAGCCACAUCUUUGAACAGGCUACUCUGGAGAGCAACAAGACCUAGUGAAACGUAGCGGGACGAAGCAUAGUCAUGUCCGGUGAUUACGGUUACGAAUAUGCUACGGCUCCUGGCAGCCAGAUGGACGGCCCGGAAAGCUACCUUGAUGUCGUGGCCAAGCAGGAAGAGUUCGACUAUGACAUGGACGACUCUUCGAUCCCGCUCGCCGAGGACGAUCUGUGGAUUGUCAUCAAUAGCUUCUUCCACGAAAAGGGACUCGUCAACCAGCAGCUUUCCAGUUUCAACGAAUUUAUGGAGACGACCAUCGUCGAUGUCAUGGAAGAGCACGGGACUUUCACCCUCGAUCAGACAUCUCAGGGUGGGACUCGAGCCAUGGAUGCGACGAGACGGUUCAACAUCAAAUUCAGUCAUGUCUUCCUCGGCCCUCCCAACAUGAACGAAAACGAUGGUCGAGCCGAAGAGGCGUACCCUCAACACGCCCGUCUGAGAAACGGAACUUACGAUUGUCCUCUGUACAUGUCGGUCGCUCAACAGGUCGAAAAGUAUAUUCCAGCCAGUGACGACGAUGAAGCGAGGUGGGAACCGGAUGGCGAUUACAAUGACCUCGAAUUUCGUCAAGCAUACAUCGGACGGAUACCUAUCAUGGUCAGGAGUAACUUCUGUUUGACGACGAGAAUGAGUCCUGAGCAGCAACAGAGGAUCGGCGAAUGUCCCAUGGACAUGGGCGGUUAUUUCGUCAUCAACGGAUCCGAAAAGGUCUUGAUCGCUCAGGAACGUAUGGCCGGAAACUACGUCUACGUCUUCGAAAAGGCUCAACCAAGUAAUGUCUCGCACGUCGCCGAACUGACGAGUGUGUUGAGCACAUCGGGUAUGAGCAAGAUGAGCAAAAUGGUCGUCAAGUUGUUCACGGCAAAGGGAGAUAAGCAGACCGGAAACAAUGCCAUUCGAGCGACACUGCCCUACGUCAGGCAAGACAUCCCCAUCUUCAUCAUAUUCCGAGCGAUGGGUAUCAUUCCAGAUGAAGACAUCCUGGCGCUGGUCUGUUACGACCUGGACGAUGAUGCUUUCACAGACAUGAUGAAGCCCUCCGUAGAGGAAGGCCGCGAUUACCAAAGUCAGGACAAAUCGCUCGAUCACAUUGGUCGUCGAGGAAACGUCGGUGGAAGUGUCAAGUCUGAGCGUAUUAGCCACGCCAUGGAUAUCCUCGCCAAGGAGACUCUUCCUCAUAUCUCGAUCGAACGAUCUGGCUUCAAACAGAAGGCAUACUUUUUCGGUUACAUGGUGCAUCGAUUGGUGUUGGCGAAGCUGAACAGGCGAGAGUUGGACGACCGUGAUCAUUUCGGAAAAAAGAGGCUGGAUUUGGCGGGACCGUUGUUGGCCAAUUUGUUCAGGCAGCUUUACAGAAAGUUUACCAAAGAUAUUUACCGAAACUUGCAAAAGUGCUCCGAUCAGGGCCGCAUGUUCAACAUCGUAGCUGCCAUCAACAAGAGCAUCAUCACGCAGGGGCUCAAGUAUUCCUUGGCGACCGGAAACUGGGGAGAGCAAUCCAAGGCAAUGGAGGGCAAGGUCGGUGUAUCGCAGGUACUCAACAGGUAUACAUAUGCGUCGACACUUUCGCAUUUGCGAAGGACCAAUACCCCAAUCGGACGAGAUGGAAAGAUCGCGAAGCCCCGUCAGCUGCACAACACGCAUUGGGGAAUGGUCUGUCCCGCCGAAACGCCAGAAGGUCAGGCGUGUGGUCUGGUCAAGAACCUUUCCCUCAUGUCGGUCAUCUCGGUCGGUUCGCCGGACGGUCCUAUCCUGGAAUACAUGAAGACGAUGGGUCUCAGCGGACUGGACGGCUAUGCAGGGGACCCAGAGGCGACGCGAGUGUUUGUCAACGGUGUCUGGGUCGGUAUCAGUACCAACCCGGCGGCUUUAUUGAACACCAUGGUUCAGCAGCGACGAGAAGGUGCGCUCAAGGACGAAGUCAGUAUCGUGCGAGAGAUCAGGGAGAGGGAAAUCCGCGUCUACACGGACGCCGGUCGAGUCAUGCGACCGCUCUUUGUGGUGGACAAGGAGACACAAAAGGUCCAAAUCGAACAGAACGACAUUGCGAAGCUGUCCGAAUGGGCAGACUACCGAGAAGCAGGGCUCGAUGCCAAUGUCGACGAGCCGCCAGAAGACUACACCUGGUCAGAUUUGCUCAAAGAAGGCAAGGUAGAGUACCUUGAUGCCGAAGAGGAAGAGUUCUCCAUGAUCGCCAUGACGAUCGAUGACCUCUUGGAUGCGCCUCGACGGGCUUAUGCUGCAGAGAACCCCGGAGCAGCGAAAAUUCCCACCGAGUUGACCGAGAGCUUUGACCCAACGAAACGAAUCGAGAGUACGAGCUUCUCGCAUACCUACACACAUUGCGAGAUUCAUCCCAGUAUGAUCCUGGGAGUUUGUGCUACCAUCGUCCCGUUCCCCGAUCACAAUCAGUCACCUCGAAACACCUACCAGUCCGCCAUGGGUAAACAGGCCAUGGGUAUCUUUGCGACCAAUUUCCAGAUGCGAAUGGACACGAUGGCGAACAUCUUGUUCUACCCUCAGAAACCGCUCGCAGGAAGUUUGGCGAUGCAGUACCUCAAGUUCGAUGAUUUGCCGGCCGGACAGAACGCCAUCGUCGCGAUCAUGACCUAUUCCGGGUACAACCAGGAAGAUUCCGUCAUCAUGAAUCAGACCUCGAUUGAUCGAGGCUUGUUCCGAUCGCUGUACUACCGUACAUACAUUGACAAGGAGAAGCGGAUUGGAGGAAAAGUGCUCGAGUCGAUCGAGCGACCGUCAGCAGACUCGACGCUGAGGCUGAAGAAGGGCCCAAGUGAUCGGUAUGCCAAGCUGGAUGAUGACGGUUUAAUUACACCGGCGACCAACGUCAACGGAGAUGACAUUCUGAUCGGGAAGACGGCUCCCAUUGAAGAAGACAGCGCCGAGUUGGGUCAGCGAACAGAAACGCAUACGAAGCGAGAUAUUUCGACGCCGCUGAAGAGCACCGAAUCGGGUGUCGUCGACAAGGUCAUCGUCACACAAGACGACGAGGGGCAAAAGUUCGUCAAGGUACGAACGAGGAAGACCCGUAUUCCUCAGAUCGGCGACAAGUUCGCCUCUCGGCACGGUCAGAAGGGGACGAUUGGUAUCACGUAUCGUCAAGAAGAUAUGCCUUUUACGGCUGAGGGUAUUGUGCCGGACAUCAUCAUCAAUCCUCACGCCAUUCCGUCGCGAAUGACGAUCGGGCAUCUGGUCGAGGCCCUGCUGUCAAAGGUUGGCGCCUUGAUGGGAGUCUUUGGUGAUGCGACUCCGUUUGGAGAUUUGACGGUCGAAAAGGUAUCGAAGCGACUCAAGCAGGCCGGUUAUCACUCGCGUGGACUCGAGGUGCUGUAUCACGGCCAUACGGGCAGGAAGCUGCAGGCUCAGGUCUACUUUGCGCCUACCUACUACCAACGUCUGAAGCACAUGGUCGACGACAAGAUCCACUCGCGGGCCCGAGGACCUGUGCAAAUCUUGACGAGGCAGCCUGUCGAGGGUCGAAGUCGAGACGGUGGUCUGCGUUUCGGAGAGAUGGAGCGUGAUUGUAUGAUUUCGCACGGAAUGGCUGGUUUCCUGAAGGAGCGAAUGUUCGACGCCAGUGACGCUUACCGAUUGCAUGUCUGUGACAUCUGCGGUAUGACAGCAGUCGCCAACUUGAAGAAGCAGUCAUUCGAAUGCCGUCUUUGCAACAACCGAACCAAGAUCAGCGCCAUCUACAUCCGUAAGUCAAUGCAUCAAACCAGUUCUGACGUACUCCUGUCUGAUUUGACUAUUCCAACAACAGCCUAUGCGGCCAAGCUGCUGUUCCAAGAGCUGGCAUCGAUGAACAUUGCCGCUCGUCUGUAUUCGAACCGAACGCCAGCGUGGCGGGCGAACAAGAACCGCAGUCUUGCGAACGGGAUCACCGCCUAGACCCGCAUGUCCAGCUCACUAUCAUAUUACGACUGUGUUGUAUCCAAAAGUCGCCUCGUCAUUAUGUCAUCGCAGGGGGCAUAGCUAUAAAAACAAAACGGAAUACAAAGAAUCCCCGAUUAUCGAUGAUAUACCAUACAAAAG